CGUCAUCCAGUGACCGACCUAUUAGCCAAUAGGAAGGAGGGGGUGAAGGAGGAAAUUGUUUGACAGUCAAGUCCCCGGCUUGUGUUUGUCUACUAACCGAGCAUGGCUGAGCUCCAGACUAAGUUUGAUGAAGCAGCAGCUGAGGUCAAGCAGCUGAAGGCGAAGCCGACCGAUGAGGAGAUGUUGCAGAUCUACUCGCUGUUCAAGCAGGCCACCGUGGGCGACGUGAACACAUCUCGUCCAGGGAUGUUUGAUUUCACUGGGAAAGCUAAAUGGGAUGCCUGGGAGAAGCAGAAGGGUAAGAGCAAUGAGAACGCCAUGAACGAGUACAUCAGCCUGGUGGAGGAGCUAAAGCAGAAAUAUGGAAUAUAAUGCUGCGUGAUGACAACCAACUGGCUCCAGUCUCCAUCCCUGCACCAUUAAAACGCCUUAAAACUCAACAAGUGUGUCCGUAAGCAGCUCACAUGAACACCUGGUGGACGGCUUCUAGUCCUAGAAACUGACCCAAGCAGCUGCUGAUGGACACAUUUAAACUGUGUAUAUAUCAGGUUUCAGUAUUCAUGUGUUUCUGCAGAAGGUCCUGUCAUUUCAAUAAAAACUAAUCUGAAAAUGUGA